AUUUGCUCCCGCGAACGAGGAUACACAUAACCAUGGCAGAUCUCACCCCCCGAGCUAUCGACACUCUCCGGCAGACGAUCGACGCAGCCUGCGCAGACCAGCAGAAAGGCAUCCCGGGAACGGUCGUCGUAGUGGUAGACAAAGAUGGCAAGGAGCAGUUUGCACACGCCGGUGGGAAUCAGGGUUAUGGGAUCUCGAAGCCCAUGACGCUGGACAAUAUCUUCUGGAUCGCAUCCUGCACGAAGAUGAUUGUGGGCAUUGCGUGCAUGCAGCUCGUGGAAAAGGGGCUGUUGGCCUUGGAUGAUCCUGCGCAGGUUGAAACACUGUGUCCCGAGCUGAAGGAGAUCAAGGUUCUCCAGGAUGAUGGGAAAUUAGUCGAGAAGAAAAGGGGGAUUACGUUGAGGAUGCUGCUGUCCCAUACAGCUGGAUUCGGAUAUACCUUCUUCAAUGAGAAGCUACGCGACUGUAACAGGCCGCUGGGAUACGAGGAAUUCUCCGGGCAUAUCUACGGCAUGCGGCAACCGUUGGUCCGACAGCCAGGGGACGGCUGGGAAUACGGUGUCAACAUAGACUGGGCCGGUCUUCUUGUAGAGCGUGUCACUGGCCUGUCGUUGAAUGACUACCUGCACCGCAAUAUCUUUGAGCCCCUGGGUCUCAAGAAUAUCUCGAUGUUUCCGAACGCAUCUAUGAAAGCCAAUCUGGCAUUCAUGAACCAGCGAGAUGCCAGUGGACAGCUGUCCCGGCGAGACCACCUGUUGCGACGACCACUGCUCGUGGAGAGUGCCGAAGAGAUCAGGGGCUGCUUCAACAGUGGUGGCGCAGGAUGCUUUGCGAAGCCGCAGGAAUACUGUCAGAUCCUCGCCGUCCUGCUCAACGACGGCACCUCCCCGCAAACGGGAGCCAAACUCCUGAAAAAGGAGACGGUCGACGAGAUGUUCCGAAAUCAGAUUCCCGAGUUUCCCCAUUUCGGGGCGCAAGGGAUCCCAGCUUCCAAGCCGGACCUGACGAACGCGAUACCACUGCUGUAUCCGUCCACAACACCACAAGGCUGGGGUUUGACGUUCAUGCUGACGGGCGGCGCCACAGGACGAUCGCCGGGCACAGCGCACUGGGCCGGCCUGCCCAAUCUCUGGUGGUGGUGUGAUCGAGAAAAGGGGAUUGCAGGCAUGGUGUGCACUCAGAUCCUGCCGUUCGCGGAUGCGCAGGUGCUGAAGCUGUGGGUGGAUGUGGAAGCGGCGGUGUACGGGGGGCGCGAGAGAGUUUGACAGUAGGCAGCCCGCAUGAGCAGAAUACCAGCGAAUCUAGUCCUCUAUUGCCUAUUCUAUUAAAAUAAACAUGAAUGUUCC